UUCAGGCACUUUCAUGGAACACAAAUCAAACUGCAGCACGGGUGGAAAAUCCCAUCAAAGAAGAUUUAAAAAAAACUUAUUCGGGGACUUCCUAUCCUGUAGUUUAAUCUCCUUCUAACCUUUUCUAAGUAGGAUUUUUUCUAGAUAUUUAAAUAUAAUUGUAAAUAUACUUCUUCUUUUUUAAAAAAAGUCUGCAAUGAAAUUGAGUGUUGCAAUCUUUUUUGGAGGUUUGUUUGGAGCUUUGGGUAUUUUGUUCUUUUUGGUUUCUUUUGGAACGGAUUACUGGCUUCUUGCUACAGAAGUUGAAAGGUGUUCAAAAGAUUUGAAUGACAGCAGGGCAGAGAUUACUUACCACCAUGAAGGUUUCUUCUGGAGAUGCUGGUUUGUUGGGACCAAGGAUGAAAAAACUAUUUGGAAAUUCUGGUACACUAACCAGUCACCCUCCAAAAACUGCACCCAUGCUUAUCUCUCUCCAUAUCCUUUCCUCCGAGAUGAACACAAUUCAACUGCUUAUGACUCAGCAAUUAUUUAUCGUGGUUUCUGGUCAGUCCUCAUGCUCCUGGCAGUGGUCACGGUGGUCUUCGCUAGUUUCUUCAUCAUCUGUGCUGCACCUUUUGGCAGUCACGUCCUCUACAAAGUAGGGGGAGGCUUUUUCAUUGCUGCUGGCAUCUUGUUUACACUGGAGGUUGUGAUGUAUGUCAUCUGGCUACAGGCAAUGGCUGAUGUCAAAAACUAUGAGACUACAAAGAACAAAGACUGUCCAGGCUUUACUGUCGAUACACGCUAUGGCUGGUCUUUUAUUUUGGCUCCGGUGGGCAUAUUUUUUUCUAUGUUUUCAGGAAUGCUGUUCCUAUUGGUAGGGCGUACAAUUCACCUACACUCUAAUUAAUUCAUUGCCAGGUAUUUGAAUUAUUGGAACCACAGUGAAGCUUCACUGAAGAACCAUUUUCCCAUAUCACUCUCCCUUCUAUAGUGGAGCAUUCGCUGGUAUAAUUAUGGAUCUGCUUAAGUGACCCCAUAUGUUUUUUUUUUAAAGGACACAAAACUCCCUCUGAAAUACCAUUCUUCAGUCUUUACAAGUUCUUUCAAAUCUUUAGGAAUUGCAUGCUACACUUUUCCCUCACACCAUACAUUUUGCAAUUUUUACAUUUCCUUGUUGUACAUGAGGGAAAGAAAAAACAACAUGAAAUGAUUCAGAUAAGAAUAAUAUUUUGGAUAAGGGGCAAUUCAACAAUUACUAUCGUAAUGAAAGCACACAUGUAACCAGCAUUAAUUUCUAGAAGGAAAGAACAAUUAUCACAGACUGUGAUGGCGUAAUGUCAAUGUGCACAUAAGAUCUGCGACAAGUGCUGAAAACUCUUCAAGACUAAAUCUUUAUACCAGCCCUGGCAGGUUCUACACCACUGCACUAACAUGUAGUUAACAGCAACAAAAGCUUUAAUGAGGUAGGUAACCAGGAAAGCACAGUCUGUGAAGGAAUGGAAAAUAAUAACUGAAUAACUAGACUUUUUGAGUGUGCCACUUUAAGUAGGAAUGUAGAGGUUCCAGUCCCUUCUUCCCAGAGUUCCCCAUCACAGUCAGUAUUAAUCAAAGUCUCUACCUCUAGUUGCAGUCUGAUAGUAGGACUCCUUUUCUCCAACUUCUACAAUCCCUAGUGGUGUCUUUUCAGCUGUCAUGGGCCUGUUCCUGGCUGCAGUCCUGUCUCAGACCUCUUCUUUCUCUCUUCCCUUCUAUCUCUCCCUCUUCCUUCUUCCCUCCAGGGAAACGGCCACUCACUGAGCCUUUUUCUGUAGUCCCUACUCUCAAAAUUACCAUUACAACUGGUAGAGAUUUCCCCUUCCAGAACUCUCCUUCCUCUCACUUUGUUUCAUGUUUCCAGCCAGUCAAGGUUUCCAAAUUGUACGCCUCCUCUUUAAGGAAUAGCGUUUGGCUCAUGUUUUCAGUGGGUACUCUACUUUAACUAGACAAAUGGAUGGAAUUCUCUUUCCAUUCCCUCAUGCCUUCUUCACACUAGGAUUCUUUUUUCACAAGGGAAAAAUCCACACAACUUUGUCCUCAGAUUAGAUUAUCUCUAGCCAUUGCUAGAGAUAAAUGAUAAACACAGCUUUUCUUUUACAGAAAAGGGUUACAUUUGUGAUGUGUGUAUAUAUCGCAUCCUGGAUAUCUUACUUUGGUGGGGAGCCAAGGAAAGGAGAAGUGUGUAAAGGGACCUUCAGCCACAACUACCUGUACUGACAUUUGGGAGGUCAUCUCACACCUUUUGCAGAAACAAAUGUGGGCAUUAGUGUUUCUUCUCUCUGAUAGUACAGUGUGAAUUGGUCCUUAUAAAGAAGAGAGAGGUGAUUGUUCAUUAAAAAAAUGUUCCACAAAGUAUCAAUAACCUCUCAUCUCUUUAUGUUUUAGAACUUGGCAUUAAUUUUAAUAUGAACAAAUAUUUCUGCUUAUAAAAAUAGUCUACAGUUGUCCAUGUAAUGCUGUAGUGAACAUACAUGAUAGAAGAUGAUUUCAGUGGAAGUGCUUUGAUGCUGCUAAAUAUGAGUAACAGCUCCAUGCGGUCCAAAUAAUAGACAGUCAUAGCUGGUUCAUGUGUACACACAUAUCACUUGUUUACUGUAUACAUUACUAGUAACUGAAGUGUGAAUGAACUCCGUGAAAAAGUAUUGUACUUGAGAUAAUAUGAUAAUUCUUUCAACAUUGUUAAACCGGUAAUGUCCUAUUUACACAUAGAAAUCAGUACUGCAGGCUGCAGUGAACAUGCAUGUGUGAACAAAUAAUGAACACACGUGUGCACAAACCUUGAUUUACAAUUAAAUGAAAUAAAACCAAAAA